AGAACGCCAAACGAGAAAAGAAACCCAAGCCUUCGCCAUCAAAAAAAAAAGAAAAAAAGAAAAAAAAGAGCAGAAAAAGUAGAGUAGACUACGACAGCGUCCGGCGAGGAGGCGGAGGCGAAGAUGAGGAAGAAGCUCGGCACCCGGUUCCCCGCGAUCUUCGCUCUUGCGGGCGGGAUCCGGUGGACGCCGGCCGUCGUUAAAUCGCGGCUUCGCUGUUUCGUUACGUGGGCGGGGAUUUGGCUGGCUUCCACGGGGUGACGGCGGGCUCGGACUCAGAUCGGCUCCUGUGCUCGCCCGCGCGCGCGCGCGUGCGGAAGUAAUUUCGUUUUUUUUUCCGUUCACAUUUUUGGGGUCUGCCGGAUUCUCUGUGCUCAACAGAGGACGUCGAGAAUUUCUGAUCCGGUUUCUGCGCUCGUGUUGUGUUCAACGGAUGGAGAGAUUUGUGGGCGCUCGCAGCUGACUAGGUUAGUGCUGUUGACGUUUGGUUUGUGUUUUGGGACCUUGUGUUUUAGUCCGUGUGAUCGUUGACAGACUGAUGUGACCUCUACGCGCCGCUGGUUAUCCUCAAUCGCGCUUGGCUUGGCGUGUAGAUGCAAGAGAUGCGCUCCAUCCUGCUGUCGUGCCUGUGGUUUGGUUGCAAGGUCUCCAGAUCAUGUCAGCAAUUCAGCAUAUAUCGCAGGUUCCAUGUAUUUCUGGGGAUACUCAACAUGUGAUCUGGUGCAUGAGUGCUCAUGCAGUGGAAUUCGUGUGCAGCCUUUAUCAUCGGGUUUUAUUAUGGUCUGGUAGAGUUUGAAACUACAUUAACUUCCACUGUUGUGUUGGUCAAUAUGUCUUUGGUGAGGGAACUAUUCUUGGGAACGGCCAGGUCUGAUGUAGGAUUUAGGCUCAGGUGCCUUCCCUUGGUUGGAGUUCCAAGAUGCGAAAGAUGUUCUGAAUUACUCCCUCCGUCCAGGAAAGAAUGCAAUUCUAGCAGUCUCGUGUUUUAGUAUAUUAAGUUUGACUAAUUAUAUAUUAAAAAAUAUCAAUAUUUAUGAUAGCAAAUAAGUAUCAUUGAUAAUUACGAAAUGUAUUUUCAUAACAAAUUGAUAUGAAGCCAUAAAUGUGAAUACUAUUCAUAAGAAAUUUGGUCAAACGUGAAUUACUUUAACUGGUGUGCAACCUUUAGUUACAUAUUACAUUUUUUCCCGGAAGGAGGAAGCAAUUAUGCCGCCAUGUUUGUCUGUUUGAUUGUUCUGAGGUCUCCUGAACAUGCCAGCAUUUAUUCCUUGAGAUUAUAACCCCUGGUGUAGCGCUCAAGCAGGGCUGUUUGCGGAUCACAGUAUUUGUUUUAUGCCUUCAGGCUCGAAUCAAAAAGAUAAUGCAAGCAGAUGAGGAUGUUGGAAAGAUUGCACUAGCAGUUCCUGUUUUAGUUUCGAGGUCUCUUGAAUUGUUUUUACAAGAUUUAAUUGACCGUACUUAUGAAAUUACUCUUCAAAGUGGAGCAAAGACACUGAAUUCCUUCCACCUGAAGCAAUGUGUGAAGAGGUACAGUUCUUUUGAUUUCCUAACUGAAGUUGUCAGCAAGGUACCAGAUCUUGGUGGCGCUGAUUCCUGUGGAGAUGAAAGAGGAUUACCUAGAAGAAGAAAGUCAAAUGGCAGUGACCCAGAGAAUGAUGAAUCAAGAUCUAGUAAAAUGGCCAUAAGAAAUGCAAACAUCAGCCCCAGAGGACGUGGGAGGGGUCGAGGCAGAGGACGAGGUCGGCCACCAACCAAGAGAAAGGAGGUUGGUUAUGUACAAUUUGAAGAUGAGAGCAGCAUGUUUGCUGAACAAGGUGAGCCCUUGCCAGGAGAGGAAACAGUUCAAGAGAUCAAUGGCAACGAGACCAUGCCUCAAAGCACGCAACCUCCAGUAGAGGCUCCGCCAACAGCCCUUGCACAAGCUACAACAAGUUCUAAGGCGGAAGAAGCGAACAGUGAUCAUCAGUCAGAUUGGCCUAUGCCAGAUGCCAUUGGAAGCAUCGGUGUCGUGCCAUCUGGUUUUGGACAUCUGACAGUGCAGGUUGAAGAUGAGGACUACGACAAUGAGGAUUAGUCAGGGUCAUCUUCUCAUUGUAUGCACUAACAGGACUGUUCUGGUGUUGUAAAAUGUAAAUAUAGUUUGAAAUAGUUGCCGCAGUUUACCUGUGAUUGUCUGUCGUUUUAUGCGGUUAUGUAGUCCUGUGUAACUUUCGUUCUCCAAUAAUUGCUUGGUAGUUGCUUUUUUACAUGAUUCAAGUGUUUUGUGACAUUUAACACAGUAUUUGAGCAGGGAUUGCCUAUUUUAAGUA